UUUAAAACAAGAGCAAGGGCCGAUUUUAGUACAAAAUAUUUUUGACCGUGUGGCACAUAAUGAACGUUAAACGUGCCCGGCUGAUUCUAAAGUUGUGAAACGAAGUUACACGCGAUGUUCAUAUAAGUAAAAUUAAAUUUAGAAUUAAAAAGGCAUAUUACAUCACAUUCGCAAUACUUGCAGAAUAAGACUUCUGUGCGGGCGCACGCAUCCGGAUUAAAUUCGCGAGUGCCACGCGGGCGAUAAACGCCCAUGCGUUCGCCGCGUUCCGCAUUAAGACAGGCACAAGCGGCGCGCUCGCAAGUUAUUACGGUGUAAUUACAGUUUAAUUAACAUAUUGGUCCGUCACCCACACACUCGGCCUGAUUACGCCGACCUCGCGGUCGAUCCGUCGUCCUUUGGACGAAGGAAGAGCGAAAGAGCGUACGUCGCGACGCGUGCGCUCGUUUCUGAAAUAAUAAUUAAUUAUCCGAUGCCACCUCUCGGGCAUGCCGUUCGCGUCUGUUUAAUGCCUCACGGGCAUGAAUCUUAAUUAAGACGCGUCCAGAUCAGCCACGGUAGACUUUAGGGCCGCCUCCUCCUCCUUUUACGAACGGGACUAACGAGACGGUUUCGUUGCGCAAGCUCUCUCUCUCUCUCCCUCUCUCUCCCUCUCCUGUUGCCGGUCGUUUUCACGAAAGUCCGUUGAAGACGCGUAAUUAAGUCGCUCCGUUGAAUUCUUAGAGCGCGCGCGCACGGAAGAUCGCGCGGAUAGCGAAGAAAGUUUUUAAAGAGCUAAGAAUAAAAGUCGAAUGACGCCGAUAGGUGCCAUUUCGAUGUCCAAUUAGUGUGAUCUUCCGUGUCGAUUGUCAGGAUAAAUUCUCACCGUUAUUUUAUUGCGCGUUGCUCUCUCUCUCUCUCUCUCUCGAUUGAAUUAUCAAGAAGUUAAUUGGUGAAUCGAACUAAUUAGUUAAUAAUAUGUUUGACGUUCGACUCUAGUUACGAAUAGAUCACGUUCCAAAUAUAAUUGGGGGAAAAAAAGAGGGAAAAAAUCGACGUCGACGCCGGUCGGACUUUAAAAUACCGAUAUUAUCAGAGCACAUUAAAUAGGAAUGCCUGGGCUUGAACAUGCGAUAUGAAAGCAGCGUGACGCGAAGUAAUUACGAAUCCUUGUAUUAUAUUAACCAUAUUGUCGCGAUAAGCCUUCGUUACGUUUAAUAUUCAAGAGAAGGAGAAGGUUAGAGAAGGAUAAGGGAGAAUCCUUCAAAUAGCCGCGAACGUAGCGCUUUAUUCGCAAAGGAAUGAAUAGUAAUGUUCUCGAUCACGCGAUCGCAUCAAUCGUUGUCGCACGAAAAACGUAUACGACAAUAUACGAUUAAAUAAAUUGCUUUAUAUCGCCUCGUUUAUACGCCGAAUGUCGGCGCACAGUGAAGAGUAAUUUACGCUUUAGCGCACGGAAGAAGUCGUAAUUUCCCAAUUUCGGAAUUUAAUGGAACAAAAUCACGCGUGCGCCUCGUACACGUUACGCGCGAAGAAACACCGACAAUUACGCACGUUAAACCGGGCAGCUACGUCCGGACAAAAUAAAUAUUUACGCGAAUGCAACAUUGUGCGAUGGACGCGUAUGUACGCGAAUCGUGUUCUCUUAAUAGAGCGAAGCGAUAAUCGCGCGACGUUCAGGUCGCAGAAUCAUCCACCGCGCGAUAAGAUUAUUACGAGUUACGACGUUCUCUUAUCGCUUCACCUCCUCCUGCUCCUCCGAACCGUCGCUCGGUUUCUGCAAUAUUGGCCGUGGACACGAGCGGAUAACGACAGCGACACGAGACGCGGUGCGAUCGACGAAGAGUCACCCUCUUACUCGAAGGUAACGGUCUCGCCUUCAGGCACACAGCUGUCGGUGGACGCGCGAGCUGGCCCAUCGCGGGUGUCGUCCGAGGAGAGUUCCGACAGCGGAGAGAUCCAGGAGAUACGCAAGGACAGCGCGCUCUACCUCGAGGAGGCGGAGGGCUCGAAGAAGACCGCGCGGUCGCGUCCACCGGGUAUCUUCCGGAAGGCCCGACGAGAGAGCAGCGGCUACGCGACCAGCGUGGGUAGCUUGGACGAGGAGAGGAAGGGCAGCGUCUCGUCGGAGAGUCAGCAACAGCAGGACUCGUCCCAGUCCCAGUCCCCGUCCCAGUCCCAGUCGUUGAAGGAGAAGCGCAGAAUCACGAGGAUACCCAGGGCUGAAGAGAGCCUUGGCGAGAAGACGUCGAUCGGCACAUCGGAGAGGAUGCCGACGACAGAGAUACACAGGAAGGUGUCGAGCGCCGGCCUCGAUAUGCCCGACAUCGAGGAGGUGAAGGAGGUCCUGAGGGAAGAGACCUCGCCUCGGCAGGGGAGCCGUCAGAAUCUUAGUAGGGACGCGGAGACGGCGGGAGCCGACCACUUAUCAGCGCAGCCCCGGCUCCCGAGGGAGGCGGCUAAUCAGACGCUCGCUGUGAAAAGCGACGUCGCCUCCGGCGUCGUUUCUUCUGCGGCGUCCCACGACGGCCUCCCGAAGGAGUCACUCGACACCGGCAGUCUGAAGGAAGCGCUCCACCGUAUCUCCUGCGAAACGAACCGCAGGCUGGACAGGUCGGCCGUCGGUCUGGGCUGCGGGAAGACCCGGGAGACGUCACCGGUGGGAUCCCGCGAGGAUCCGCCGUGUUCCGCAGAGCGUGUCACGGCCGAGAUCGCAGGCAGGAAGGAUGAGAAGGUGGCGUGUUCCAACGACACUUCGUCGGGGAGCGUCGAAGCGUCCAAGGCCGAGAGGACGCCCGUAGUCGUCGCGUCGUCGUCAUCCGCCAAGACGUCGGUCAAGGUGUACCAGCUACUGGCGACCCAGUCGGAGGAUCGCAGCGAUGGCGAGCUGCAUCUACCGGAUCGCAGGAUAUCCUUGCAGAUCGCCGGCUCGCGAGACACCGAGGUGUCACCGACGAACAACAACACCACGGCCACGGGGGUCUUCGUGAGGAGCGGGAAGUGCGAAAGCACGCCGACCACCGUGACAGACGACAAUUCCGCCACAAAGACGUCGUUACCUGGCGAGACCGGGCCGCAACGGUACCUCGGAGACGCCGGCAGCGUCACCGUCAGGCCCAUCUACCCGUACUGCCCGUAUUCGCCCUAUGGCAGCCCUCAGGGCUCGCCCAGGAACCGCAGGAGACCCCUCCGCGAGAGCAGAAGGGUGUCCAUCGAUAACCGGCAAGGCGAUAUCAAGCUGAAUCAGUACAAGCUGUUGGAUGACAUCGGACAGGGCACCUACGGCCUCGUGAAGCUGGUCUACAACGAGGAGGACGGCGCCCAUUACGCCAUGAAGAUCUUGAGUAAGAAGAGGCUGAUGAAGAAGGCCGGCAUUUUCGGCAGGAUAGUGCCCGGCAAGAAGACCGAUCCCCUGGCGAGGGUCUACAAGGAGAUCGCCCUGCUGAAGAAGGUCGAUCACCCGAACGUCGUGAAGCUGGUCGAGGUGCUCGACGACCAGGAGGAGGACCACCUCUAUUUGGUCUUCGAGCUGCAACGCGGCGAGAUCCUGCAGAUACCCACCGACGAGCCUUUGGACGAGAAAACGGCCAGGCGAAACUUCCGCGACGUCGUCAUGGGCGUGGAAUACCUGCAUUACCAGAGGAUAGUGCAUCGCGACAUAAAGCCGAGCAAUCUGCUGGUGGACAACGACGGCCGCAUUAAAAUCGCUGAUCUGGGCGUCAGCGCGGAAUUAAGGGCGCCCGGUGAAUUAUUGUCGGGGGGCGCCGGCACCCCGGCAUUCGCGCCGCCCGAAACGACUAUUCCCAGCGCUCAAUACUCGGGACCGCCGUGCGACGUGUGGUCGAUGGGGGUGACGCUGUACUCGCUGGUGACCGGAAGUCUGCCCUGGAACGGCUCCGGCAGCAUCGGCAGUGUCUACGCGGCGGCCCGCUCGCAGAACCUGAAAUUCCCGGAGAAGCCGGCCGUGUCGGACGAUCUCCGUGACCUGAUCACACGAAUGCUGGUGAAGGAGCCGGCUGACCGGAUCACCUUGCCGCAGAUUAAGGAGCACGCGUGGCUGACCAAUCGAGGAGCCGAAUCACUGCCGAGCGAGGCUGACAAUUGCCGCGUUCCAGUCACCGUCACCGACGAGGAGGUCGAGCGGGUCGUCACGAGGGUGCCGAAACUCGACACUCUGAUCCUCAUCAAAACUAUGCUGAAGCAACACAGUUUUCAGACACGCAGGUACCACCUACACGCCAUCGAUCUUACGCGAAGAAUGAACAGUGACAUUUCACGCGUUUCUCGCUCACUCUCUACGACAAUGUCAGAGUAAUUAACCCGAGCGCGGUUAGCCGGCAAAUACCGCAAAGUGGAUGCGAAGCAAGCGGACGUGUAUCAUCACGCUAGACACACCGAUAUAUAUAUGCACGUGCAUUUUAAAUGCGAUUCCAUUUAUCUAGAUGUCAGAACGACGCUCAAUAAUGUUGAACGGUACCAGCGGGAGUGUUUUGUUAAACGACGUUACUCCGGAGUGCACCGAAGUCCCCGCGCAGUCGAGUCCCGUCGACCUUUCCCAAGUUAUACGACCUCGAUCUCGCGAAACGACAGGGCAAUUUUUUGCAAACAAACAGACCGUCCUGUCACGGCGAAUAAUAACGCGUGGAUGCGACAUUGCCAACUACGGAAACUCUCCCGAACGUUUGCGCUCGCGUCCCCCAGGACGAUCCCCGACAUCAUCCCUUCGAUGAGCCGUGCGCGUUCGCGAUUUCGCGCGCGAGGGACCGACCGCUCGAUACGGAUUUGCAUCCUCAUCCCCGCGACAUGACCGCGAUCGACUCGGCAAACUUCCUUCGGAGGAGAGGGAAAGAGGGGAGGAUAAUAUAGGGCUCCUGCGCGGAGGAGCAACGGAGUGUGCACGGUGAAUGAGAGCGCGAUAAAAGCAGGAGAAUC